UGGACCUCAUCUUUACUGAAUAUCUUCCAUCAUCAUCAUCUCUCUUCAUCCAUUCCCAUGGCUCUCCCCAUUGCCGGACUCCAAGUCUCAGGCGGUGGACUUCUCCACCGCCGCAGCCAUGUCCGCACGAACCUCCUCCUCUGCUACUUCUCACACAAUCGUCCGCUUCCUUCUCCUAAUCUCGCCAACCACCCCUGGUCUCCUCCAAUUUCAGUUCGACAUAUCCGAUUGCUUGCCGCCGCAAAGAAACUAUCCUCAAUAACAGGUAAGUUCGACAGCAAGAACAAAAGAAUCUCAACUACAACCACAAAUGAAGAUGAAACAGAAGAGAACAAAGUAAUUCAAAAGUUCGGUCAGAUCGACACCGAAAACCUAGUGAUCGACGGAUCGAUUGAUUAUGGAUUCGUCGUGCCGGAUCUUCCAGGUGAACAAACAGAUUUAUGGGAAGGACCUCAAUGGGACGGCCUUGGCUUCUUCGUUCAGUAUCUAUGGGCUUUCGGCAUACUCUUUGCGUUGAUUGCUUGCGGAACUGCUGUAAGCACGUACAAUGAAGGAGCUAGUGAUUUCAAGGAUACGCCGUCGUAUAAGGAAUCGAUUCAAUCCAGAGAGCUAUUUGAAGAAGAUGAUGGAUCCAGUUUAGAUGUUUUCGAAUCCAACCCGACCCAGGAAGCACCCGCUUUGGAAUAGGAAACAUCCAAACAAACAAAGUACUAUUAUCCAUCCAUCUUUAUUUUUGUAAUUUAUUUUUAUUUUCUUUCUUGUUACUUUAUUUUACUAUCACUUCUGUCAAUAGAAAUAUAAUAUUAGUAUAUUUUGACUCAUUUCAAC